CGGGCAGGGGCUGGCAUCACCCCGGGGCCGGCUCAGGGCGGCACUGCCCCGGCUCUCAUUGGACUGCGGCGAGGAGUAAACCGUCAGCCCAUGUGGCGUGGCCGCCGGAGGUGGUGGCUGCUUAAAUAGCGGUGGGAGCUAGAGGGAGACAGUGAGGAGAGCGCGGAGCAUCGGCCGUGCGCAGCCCGGCACCGGCCGCCGCCGCAGCGCCCGAGUCCCCCCGCAGAGCCCGCCCCGCCCGGAUCCUCGCGGCACGAAGCCCUCCGCGCUACGCAGUAACAGGGAGAAGUUCAGAGAUGGAAGACGUGGUGAUUGCAGGCAUAGCAGGAAAGCUGCCGGAAUCUGAGAACUUGCAAGAGUUUUGGGAGAACCUGCUGAAUGGAGUUGACAUGGUCACAGAGGACGAUCGGAGGUGGAAACCAGGAAUUUAUGGACUGCCCAAAAGAAACGGAAAGCUCAAGGACAUAAAAAAAUUUGAUGCCUCCUUCUUUGGAGUGCACCCCAAACAAGCUCAUACAAUGGAUCCUCAGCUUCGCUUGUUGUUGGAAGUUUCUUAUGAAGCUAUGUUGGAUGGAGGCAUUAAUCCAACUACCCUCCGUGGCACAGACACGGGCGUAUGGGUUGGUGCAAGUGGCUCAGAAGCUGCUGAAGCCCUUAGCCAAGAUCCAGAAGAGCUUUUGGGGUACAGUAUGACUGGCUGCCAGCGUGCUAUGCUUGCCAACAGGAUUUCAUACUUUUAUGAUUUUACAGGACCAAGCUUAACUAUUGACACAGCCUGCUCCUCCAGUCUCAUGGCUCUAGAAAAUGCUUAUAAAGCAAUUCGUCAUGGACAGUGCAGUGCAGCCCUGGUAGGAGGGGUCAACAUUCUGCUGAAGCCCAACACUUCUGUGCAGUUCAUGAAGCUGGGCAUGCUUAGUCCUGAUGGUGCCUGCAAGGCUUUUGAUGUUUCAGGAAAUGGAUAUUGUCGCUCUGAAGCUGUUGUUGUUGUUCUCUUGACCAAGAGAUCUAUGGCUAAACGCAUCUAUGCUACAAUAGUCAAUGCUGGGAGUAACACUGAUGGCUUUAAGGAGCAAGGUGUGACAUUCCCAUCUGGAGAGAUGCAGCAGCAGCUGGUUGGUUCUCUGUACAGAGAAUGUGGUGUCAACCCUGGAGAUGUGGAGUAUGUUGAAGCUCAUGGGACAGGCACCAAGGUUGGAGAUCCGCAGGAAGUAAAUGGCAUUGUAAAUGUCUUCUGCCAAUGUGAGAGAGAGCCUCUGUUAAUUGGAUCAACCAAGUCAAACAUGGGUCAUCCAGAGCCUGCCUCUGGGCUUGCUGCGUUAGCCAAGGUUAUUCUUUCUCUGGAACAUGGACUGUGGGCUCCAAAUCUUCAUUUCAAUGAUCCCAAUCCAGAUAUACCUGCUUUACAAGAUGGCUCCUUGAAGGUGGUUUGUAAACCAACGCCGGUGAAAGGUGGCCUCGUCAGCAUCAAUUCUUUUGGCUUUGGAGGUUCUAAUGCUCAUGUUAUUCUGAGACCAAAUGAGAAGAAAUGCCAGCCUCUAGAGACUUGUAACUUGCCAAGACUGGUUCAAGUUUGUGGCAGGACACAGGAAGCUGUGGAAAUACUCAUUGAAGAAAGCAGAAAACAUGGAGGAUGCAGUCCAUUUUUAAGCCUGCUCAGUGAUAUCUCUGCAGUUCCUGUAUCUUCCAUGCCCUACAGGGGCUACACACUAGUUGGCACUGAGAGUGACAUAACGGAGAUACAGCAAGUUCAAGCAUCUGGUAGACCACUCUGGUACAUCUGCUCAGGCAUGGGAACACAGUGGAAAGGUAUGGGCCUGAGCCUUAUGAAACUGGAUCUGUUUCGCCAGUCUAUAUUGCGCUCAGAUGAGGCUUUGAAGAGCACAGGACUGAAGGUCUCAGACCUGCUUCUGCAUGCAGAUGAGAAUACUUUUGACGACACUGUCCAUGCGUUUGUUGGACUAGCUGCUAUUCAGAUUGCCCAAAUUGAUGUGCUAAAGGCUGCAGGUCUGCAACCCGAUGGGAUUUUGGGCCACUCAGUGGGAGAACUAGCUUGUGGCUAUGCAGAUAAUUCCUUAAGUCAUGAAGAAGCUGUUCUUGCUGCUUAUUGGCGGGGGCGAUGCGUGAAAGAGGCCAAAUUGCCCCCAGGAGGGAUGGCUGCUGUCGGUCUGACAUGGGAGGAAUGUAAGCAGCGCUGUCCUCCAGGUGUGGUACCAGCCUGUCACAACUCUGAGGAUACUGUCACUAUUUCGGGGCCUCUGGACUCCGUGGCUGAGUUUGUAACCAAACUGAAGAAAGACGGCGUGUUUGCAAAGGAGGUGCGCAGCGCUGGAGUUGCAUUUCAUUCCUAUUACAUGGCAUCCAUUGCACCAGCACUGCUCAGUGCACUGAAAAAGGUCAUUCCACACCCUAAACCUCGUUCAGCGCGGUGGAUCAGUACAUCUAUCCCUGAAUCUCAGUGGCAGAGUGAUCUUGCUAGGAAUUCCUCUGCAGAAUAUCACGUGAACAACCUAGUGAAUCCUGUGCUGUUCCAUGAAGGCCUGAAGCAUAUUCCAGAGAAUGCUGUUGUAGUGGAGAUUGCUCCACAUGCUCUUUUACAGGCUAUCUUGAGGAGAACUUUGAACCCAACUUGCACUAUUCUACCUUUGAUGAAGAAGGACCACAAAAAUAACCUGGAAUUCUUCCUAACACAGACUGGAAAGAUUCAUUUAACUGGGAUAAAUGUUCUUGGAAAUAACUUGUUCCCACCUGUGGAAUACCCUGUCCCUGUGGGAACACCCCUUAUUUCUCCACAUAUCAAAUGGGACCACAGCCAGGACUGGGAUGUUCCAAAAGCUGAAGACUUUCCCUCAGGUUCCAAAGGGUCUGCAUCUGCUUCAGUCUACAAUAUUGAUGUGAGUCCUGACUCUCCUGACCAUUACUUGGUUGGUCAUUGCAUUGAUGGCAGAGUCCUGUACCCAGCAACUGGGUACUUAGUGCUGGCUUGGCGAACUCUGGCACGAUCUCUUGGCAUGGUCAUGGAGCAAACAGCUGUUAUGUUUGAAGAAGUUACAAUCCAUCAGGCAACUAUCCUUCCCAAAAAGGGAUCAACGCAGCUGGAAGUACGAAUCAUGCCUGCUUCUCACAGCUUUGAAGUGUCAGGGAAUGGGAAUUUGGCUGUGAGUGGGAAGAUCUCCCUCCUGGAAAAUGAUGCUCUGAAGAAUUUCCAUAACCAGCUAGCUGACUUCCAGACUCAAGUAAACGUGACUACAAAGUCUGGCCUCUUGAUGGAAGAUGUUUACCAAGAGCUGCAUCUUCGUGGAUAUAACUAUGGACCAACUUUUCAGGGUGUUCUGGAAUGCAACAGUGAAGGAAGUGCAGGGAAAGUUCUGUGGAAUGGCAACUGGGUAACCUUCCUUGACACCCUGCUACACAUGAUAGUCUUAGCUGAGACUGGGCGCAGUCUACGCUUGCCCACCAGGAUUCGCUCAGUGUACAUUGACCCAGUGCUUCAUCAAGAACAAGUGUACCAGUACCAGGACAACAUAGAAGCUUUUGAUGUUGUUGUUGACCGCUGUCUUGAUAGCCUCAAAGCAGGAGGUGUUCAGAUCAAUGGUCUUCAUGCCUCUGUGGCACCACGGCGACAACAGGAACGAACCUCUCCCACUCUGGAAAAAUUCUCCUUUGUUCCCUAUAUUGAGAGUGACUGUUUGUCUUCCAGUGCCCAGCUUCAUGCCUACCUGGAGCACUGCAAAGGCCUGAUCCAGAAAUUACAAGCAAAGAUGGCAUUGCACGGUGUCAAACUAGUUUUCCAUGGCCUAGAAACCAAAGGGGCUGCUACAGAGUCCUCACCCACCCAGAAGGGACUUCAGCAUAUCCUUACUGAAAUCUGCCGUCUGGAACUGAAUGGAAACCUACAUUCUGAGCUGGAGCAGAUUGUGACUCAGGAGAAAAUGCACCUCCAGGAUGAUCCCCUUCUCAAUGGCUUGCUGGAUUCUUCAGAGUUGAAGACUUGCCUGGAUGUGGCAAAGGAGAACACAACCAGUCACAGGAUGAAGAUAGUCGAGGCUCUGGCAGGAAGUGGACGUCUGUUCUCUCAUGUCCAGAGUAUUCUGAAUACUCAGCCCCUGUUGCAGCUGGACUACAUUGCCACUGACUGCACCCUUGAAGCUUUUUCAGCUAAUGAAACAGAGCAACACGAUGCUGGAAUCUCCUUUAGCCAGUGGGAUCCAUCUAGCCUUCCCUCUGGAAAUCUGACCAAUGCUGACCUGGUUGUAUGCAACUGUUCAACAAAUGUUCUAGGGAACGCAUCUGAAAUUAUCUCCAACUUAGCAGCUGCAGUGAAUGAAGGAGGGUUUAUUUUGCUGCACACCCUUCUUAAAGAGGAAACUCUUGGAGAAAUUGUCAGCUUCCUUACAAGUCCAGACCUACAGCAGAAGCACAGCUUCCUGUCUCAGGCGCAGUGGGAGGAGUUAUUCAGCAAGGCCUCACUGAAUCUGGUUGCAAUGAAGAGAUCUUUCUUUGGCUCAGUUAUUUUUCUGUGUCGGCGGCAGUCCCCUGCCAAAACACCCGUUUUUCUGCCAGUAGAUGACACUCAUUAUAAGUGGGUUGAAUCCUUAAAGGAGAUCCUGGCCGACCCAUCACAGCAGCCUGUGUGGUUGACUGCCACCAAUUGUGGGAACUCGGGAAUUUUGGGUAUGGUGAACUGCCUCCGCCAGGAAGCAGAGGGCCACAGAAUCAGGUGCGUGUUCGUUUCCAACUUGAGCCCUUCAUCAGCUGUCCCACCCACUAAUCUUUCUUCCCUGGAGAUGCAGAAGAUUAUUCAGAGAGAUCUGGUGAUGAAUGUGUAUCGUGAUGGAAAGUGGGGUUCCUUCAGGCAUCUCCCACUGCAGCAAGCUCAACCUCAGGAGCUGACAGAAUAUGCCUAUAUAAACGUGCUGACUCGUGGAGAUCUCUCAUCCCUUCACUGGAUUGUUUCCCCACUUCGACAUUUCCAAACAACUAAUCCAAAUGUUCAGCUCUGCAAAGUCUACUAUGCAUCUCUCAAUUUCCGGGACAUUAUGCUGGCCACAGGAAAGCUUUCUCCAGAUGCUAUCCCUGGUAACUGGACGUUGCAGCAGUGCAUGCUGGGCAUGGAGUUCUCAGGACGAGACCUGGCUGGAAGGAGAGUGAUGGGAUUGCUGCCAGCAAAAGGGCUGGCCACGGUGGUGGACUGUGACAAGAGGUUUCUAUGGGAAGUGCCUGAAAACUGGACUCUGGAAGAAGCAGCAUCGGUGCCUGUGGUUUAUGCCACUGCUUAUUAUGCUUUGGUGGUUCGAGGUGGUAUGAAGAAGGGGGAGAGUGUCCUUAUUCACUCUGGCUCAGGAGGUGUGGGCCAGGCAGCCAUUGCCAUUGCCCUGAGCAUGGGCUGCCGUGUUUUUGCUACUGUAGGUUCUGCUGAGAAACGUGAGUAUCUCCAAGCAAGGUUCCCACAGCUGGAUGCUAAUAGCUUUGCCAGCUCCCGAAAUACUACCUUUGAGCAACAUGUACUGCGAGUUACCAAUGGAAAAGGUGUCAACCUUGUGUUAAAUUCCUUGGCAGAAGAGAAGCUCCAAGCCAGUUUGCGUUGUCUUGCUCAACACGGGCGCUUCUUGGAAAUAGGCAAAUUUGAUCUAUCAAACAACAGUCAGCUUGGAAUGGCUCUUUUCCUCAAGAACGUGGCAUUUCAUGGGAUCCUGCUGGAUUCAAUCUUUGAAGAGGGAAACCAAGAGUGGGAAGUAGUAUCAGAGUUGUUGACCAAAGGCAUAAAAGAUGGUGUGGUAAAGCCCCUGAGGACCACGGUCUUUGAUAAAGAAGAGGUAGAAGCUGCCUUCAGGUUCAUGGCGCAAGGAAAACACAUUGGCAAAGUUAUGAUCAAGAUCCAAGAGGAGGAGAAGCAAUCUCCUUUAAGGUCUGAACCCGUGAAACUCUCUGCCAUCUCCCGAACUUCCUGCCCUCCCACCAAGUGUUACAUCAUCACAGGAGGCCUAGGAGGAUUUGGGCUUGAGUUGGCACAGUGGUUAAUUGAGAGAGGAGCAAAGAAGCUUGUACUGACAUCUCGUUCUGGCAUCCGAACUGGCUACCAGGCUAAAUGUGUUAGAGAAUGGAAGGCGCUGGGAAUCCAAGUGUUGGUAUCUACCAGUGAUGUUGGAACACUAGAAGGAACACAGCUUUUGAUAGAAGAAGCUUUGCAGCUUGGACCGGUUGGGGGCAUCUUUAAUUUGGCUGUGGUCCUUAAAGAUGCCAUGAUUGAAAAUCAGACCCCGGAAUUAUUCUGGGAGGUCAACAAGCCCAAGUAUUCAGGCACCCUUCAUUUGGACUGGGUGACUCGUAAGAAGUGCCCGGACCUGGACUAUUUUGUUGUAUUCUCCUCUGUAAGCUGUGGAAGAGGAAAUGCUGGGCAAAGUAAUUAUGGCUUUGCUAAUUCUGCCAUGGAGCGUAUCUGUGAGCAGCGACAUCACGAUGGACUCCCAGGCCUGGCAAUCCAGUGGGGAGCCAUUGGUGAUGUGGGCAUCCUGAAGGCAAUGGGAAACAGAGAGGUUGUGAUUGGGGGAACCGUUCUCCAGCAAAUCAGCUCGUGCCUGGAGGUGCUCGAUACCUUCCUGAAUCAACCUCAUCCUGUCAUGUCCAGUUUUGUCCUGGCAGAGAAGGUUUCUGUGAAAAGUGAAGGAGGAAGUCAACGGGAUCUUGUGGAAGCUGUUGCUCAUAUCCUUGGUGUUCGUGAUGUCAGCAGUCUGAAUGCUGAGAGCUCCUUGGCAGACUUGGGCCUGGAUUCCUUGAUGGGUGUGGAGGUGCGCCAGACACUGGAGAGAGACUAUGACAUCGUGAUGACCAUGAGAGAAAUUCGGCUCCUUACGAUCAACAAACUGCGUGAACUUUCCUCCAAGUCUGGGACAGCAGAGGAGCUGAAGCCAUCCCAGGUGUUGAAGACAGGCCCAGGUGAGGCUCCAAAACUGGAUUUGAACAACUUGCUGGUGAAUCCAGAAGGGCCAACGAUUACUCGUCUCAAUGAUGUCCAGAGCACAGAACGCCCUCUUUUCCUUGUUCAUCCCAUUGAGGGAUCCAUUGCAGUCUUCUACACUCUUGCCUCCAGACUUCAUAUGCCCUGCUAUGGGCUGCAGUGCACAAAAGCUGCUCCCUUGGACAGCAUACAGAGCCUGGCAUCCUAUUAUAUUGACUGUAUGAAGCAGAUCCAGCCUGAAGGACCUUAUCGCAUUGCUGGAUACUCUUUUGGUGCCUGUGUAGCCUUUGAAAUGUGCUCCCAGCUGCAAGCACAACAAAAUGCUUCCCAUGCACUCAACAGUUUGUUCCUCUUUGAUGGGUCUCAUUCCUUUGUGGCAGCAUACACUCAGAGCUACAGAGCGAAGCUGACCCAAGGAAAUGAGGCUGCGUUGGAGACAGAAGCAUUGUGUGCCUUUGUUCAGCAGUUUACAGGCAUUGAAUACAAUAAGUUGUUGGAGAUUCUUCUGCCCUUAGAAGAUCUGGAGGCUCGUGUCAGUGCUGCUGCAGACCUUAUAACUCAGAUUCAUAAAAACAUCAAUCGCGAAGCACUCAGCUUUGCUGCUGCUUCCUUUUACCACAAGCUGAAGGCUGCUGACAAAUAUAUACCAGAGUCCAAGUAUCAUGGGAACGUGACACUGAUGCGGGCAAAGACUCACAAUGAAUAUGAAGAAGGUCUGGGUGGAGACUACAGACUCUCAGAGGUAUGCGAUGGAAAAGUGUCGGUCCACGUCAUUGAAGGGGACCACCGCACCUUACUGGAGGGAGAUGGUGUUGAAUCAAUUAUUGGGAUCAUCCAUGGUUCACUGGCAGAACCACGUGUCAGUGUCAGGGAAGGUUAACUUCUGCUCACUUACUGUCAACGGUGAAGAAAAUGCCAACAACAUUCCUAGUUAUGACAGACCCCAAGGAACUCUUCCUGUUGAACAACAUCUCAUCUGCUCUGCUGCCAGAACUGGGAAGUCCAGCUGAACUUGAUUGGUCUCUUUUUUUUUUUCCACUCUUACUCAGACAUCUUUCCUAACUUUCAUGUGUUCUCUCUCCUCUUUCCCUUUCUAUGCUUUGUUUUUCCCCAGUAUCCCUGUCCGUGUUACUGCGGUGCUGUGACUCUGUCACUGUGCACUGCAGCGAGGGUUCCCUGGCGAUGGUUCCUUCCUACAGCUUUGGCAGUAUGAAAAACGAAUUUAGGAGUAGGCUUCUUGUGCUCUAUAUUGUUUUGUCUUAACAGUAUUCCAAAGGGUAAGUGAUAGCACUUGUUGACCAAGCCCAGUGAGCAGAGAGGGGAGCUGCAGCUGAUUUCGGAGAUACCUGUUGUCUGUGAAGAAUCUGUCUGUAGUUAGGUCAGAAAGAGAAUUCCAUUGAGGCUUUUGUAACUAUAUUUUUUUAAUUUGAUAUAUUCUAAGUAUUUAUUGUGUCAAAUCAGAGACUUCUUGCUUGGUUUUAAUUUAUCGUGGGUAUCAGAAAAGGAAACAUCCAUUUUGGAGGAUAGGUUUAUUCUACAAGGGGAGGUUGCCCAUUUGUUAAACCAAAGUGCAUCUAUGGAACAGCCCUUUUUUUUUUUUGUUUUUUUUUUUUUUUUUUUUUUUUUUUGUUGCUGUUUUUUGUGGUGGUUCUUUUUUAUUUUGGUUAGUGAUUUUUGUGUGUGUGUGUUUUUUCUUUCACCCCCCCACCCUGCCUUGUUCAGAAGGGUGGAUGCAAGGGUUCUUGCCAUCACCCACUCUUCUGAGGAGAGAGAGGCGUGAGGGCAGGAUGGAAGGUUCAACAAAUGCCACUGUAUUGAACAGCCUCAACUUGGGCUGGUACAAACAGGCAGAGCUGUCCCUAGGUAUGUACUUAGUUUAUAUCUGUGCAAGGUUCUGUGCUUUGUUCUACCAGAAACACAGUAAAGCAUUAAGGCUGUUGCUUCACCUUUAUCCCUUCCCACCUCCAGUUGCUCCAUCCAAGCAGACAUUUGGAAUGUCAGAGGGAAUAGAGUUCUCCAUUGGUCACGGUACAAAUCCUCCUACCCUUGCUCUCCCAUAACCAAAGCUCAGGCAAACAUACAAGCAUCUACCCAGCGCCCCGGUGUGUUUUAUUUAGCACAGGGCUUGCUUAAGCCUUGAGUGUGCAUUUUCCUCUGGCGAUGAGACUGGAGAUCCCACAUAAGUUAGCUAAGUAAACAGCUUGAUGGCAUGAUUUUAAGAUGUAGUACCUUUUCAAAGGAAACUUGCAUAAAAUUCAAUUUAAAAAUGACUUGCUUUUGCUAUGCUGGAUCUGUCUUUUCCAAAAUCAGUAAAUCCUUGCUACACCUAUGAUACAGAGGAGACCCGAAUAGCAACCAAGUACCAACCAGGAGGCAUUCCAGUGCCUCUCGGAACUUCUGCAAACCCCGGUUCUUUCUGUAUUCAUCCCCCAGUGAAGUAUCCUGUUAGUACAGGAGCAUUCCAGUGCGAGGAACAACUGACUCCUCGCAGCAGGUUCUGACCUAGUGUCUCUUAACCCUCUGUGGAUAGUGGCUGGGUUAACUGGUUUUAGUUUUAUAAAGUAUUUCUUUUGUGAAAUCUGAAAUACAAACAACGUAAUGUCAGCUUAAAGCAUUCCUAGAAUAAGUUUUGUUUUGUUUUGUUUUUUUACUUUUUUUUUUUAAUCUGAAGAGUGUCUUUUCCUCUUUGGCUUUCCUAGAAUUAAACAGAAUUGAUCACUGGUUGGCUUUUUGUCUCAUUCUCUACUACUAUUUUUUUAAUCCUCGAGUUUCAUUCGGAAUCUCUCAUUUCUUGAUAUAAAGCCAAGACCGCUGCUAAGAUAUCUGACUGGAAUCUGUAGAAAUAACAAUAAGAAAGAGGACUUGAGAUAAUCCUGGAGCGUGGCUUCUCGUCGCUAUGCUUUUUGGUACCUUAGAUGCAACCAAAUCACAUACAUACCCAAAAGAUUGAAGUGGAAACUCUUAAAAUUCUGAUUCUGGCUCCAUUGUUGUGGUUUUGUACAAGUGGUUCAUGUUACCGCCUCAGUUUCCCCAUCUGUAAAAUGGGACUAAUAGCAUCUACCUCAAGGUCGUUGAGAGUGCUAAGUAGGCAAUGGGAAUACACACUAUUAACCUGUGAGGGAUGAUGGUCAGGCGUUAGGUGGCAAUGCAAGGAGGCAGGCAGUGUGUGCAGGGAGGUGCCUUACAGCUGCGAAGAAUGUGAUGCUGAAAAGUAGCUAUAUGGACUGGGCAUACGAGCAUAACAGGGGACUUCAUUAAAUCUGCUGUGUGCUAUCCAUGCACAUCCUAGCAUAUGACACCACAUUGGAAAAAAAAGAAAAAAAAAAACAACCAGGGACCAGUAUCUUUUUUUUUCUUUCUUUGAUUACCUUCUUUUACUACUGGCAGCUGUAGUGAGCCUGAAAAGAGGGAAAGAACCCUCUCUGCCUUGGUUGUGCUGAAAAGCUAGAAGGAAAAAGAAUGUAUAGAACUUCUAACAAAACAGGUACAAUAGUUCUGCACUAAAAUGAAGUGUUUAACGAUUCUGACCCAGCAUCUCAGCUCUGAAGGAAGGCGGUGCAGUUCUGAAUGGGCUGUGUGGAGGGAUCGAGGACUAACGCUGUUGCAGCUGUCCAAUCAAGAGUUGUACAAGUUCUCUGUAUAAACGUAAAUGUGCAUGGUCUCUUCUAGGCAAAGCUUGAAGAUACUGGUUUAGUAAUAGAAAUUCCUCAAGAAUUACGUAUAGCCUCUAUGCUCUCAAUGUUCUUGUGGUUGUUAUUUGAAAGGCAGGAGGUUGUUGUUUUGUUUUCCCCCCCUAAUUGUCUAAUAAUGAGCUGCUGCCCUGUAACCCAUUAUGUAACUGGCUGCUGAAUACAGUGUGCCAAAAAUAAAAACCUUAUUAGCGCUG